AUGGCGGACAGAGACAGCGGCAGCGAGCAGGGCGGCGGCGGCGGGGGCGCGGCGGGCGCCGGGGCGGGCUCGGGCGGCGGCGGCGGCGGCGGCGGCGGCCCGGGCGGCGGCCUGCAGCACGAGACGCAGGAGCUGGCCUCCAAGCGGGUGGACAUCCAGAACAAGCGCUUCUACCUGGACGUCAAGCAGAACGCCAAGGGCCGCUUCCUCAAGAUCGCCGAGGUGGGGGCGGGCGGCAACAAGAGCCGCCUGACCCUCUCCAUGUCGGUGGCCGUCGAGUUCCGCGACUACCUGGGCGACUUCAUCGAGCACUACGCCCAGCUGGGGCCCAGCCAGCCCCCCGAGCUGGCGCAGGCGGCCGACGAGCCCCGGCGGGCGCUCAAGAGCGAGUUCCUGGUGCGGGAGAACCGCAAGUACUACAUGGAUCUGAAGGAGAACCAGCGCGGGCGCUUCCUCCGCGUCCGCCAGACCGUCAACCGCGGCCCGGGGCUGGGCUCCACGCAGGGCCAGACCAUCGCCCUGCCGGCCCAGGGCCUGAUCGAGUUCCGCGACGCCCUGGCCAAGCUCAUCGACGACUACGGGGUGGAGGAGGAGCCGGCCGAGCUGCCCGAGGGCACCUCCUUGACUGUGGACAACAAGCGCUUCUUCUUCGACGUGGGCUCCAACAAGUACGGCGUCUUCAUGCGGGUGAGCGAGGUGAAGCCCACCUACCGCAACUCCAUCACCGUCCCCUACAAGGUCUGGGCCAAGUUCGGCCACACCUUCUGCAAGUACUCGGACGAGAUGAAGAAGAUCCAGGAGAAGCAGCGGGACAAGCGCGCCGCCGCCGCCGCCGCCGCCCCCCCCGCGGGCGCCGGGGCCGAGCCGCCCCCCGAGGCCGAGGCCGCCGCCGCGCCGCCGCGCCGCCGGGCCGAGGCGCUGCUGAGGCAGAGGAGCGAGGAGGACUGA